GAGAAACUCCCAUUGUUGUGCAUCUCUCCGCCUCCUCGCGCGCUGCAGCAUUUAGUCUCCAUGCUGCGUCGUGUUACACAUUUUCACGGCGUCCGCGCGCUGCCACAAUCGUGACAAGACACGGGAUGCGCUGUUCGACGGCGGUGCGCGCGCUGCCGCUGCUGCUGCUGCUCCUGCUCCUGUGCGCGAGCUGUAGGCUCGCGGCGGCAGUCUGGGAGCUCACGAUUCUACACACCAACGACGUGCACGCACGCGUAGAGGAGACCAACAAGGACUCGGGAAAGUGCACGAAGGGCGGCUGCUAUGCCGGUGUCGCACGCCGUUUCACGAAAAUCCAAGAGAUCCGCCGCACCGAGAAGAACCCAGUGCUCCUGCUGGACGCCGGCGAUCAGUUCCAGGGCACCGUGUGGUUCAACUACUAUAAAGGCUCCGAGGCGGCGCACUUCAUGAACAGACUGGGCUACGAUGUCAUGGCUCUAGGAAACCACGAGUUUGACAAUGGAGUGGAUGGACUCAAGCCUUUCUUGCAGGCUGUGAACUGCACUGUGCUCAGCGCAAACAUCAAGGCUGUUGACCCUGUUGCAUCACAGAUUAGCGGAUAUUAUUUACCUUCUAAAAUUCUAAAGGUUGGCACUGAGACUGUCGGUAUAGUAGGAUACACAUCCAGGGAGACGCCAGCUUUGUCAAUGCCAGGGCCGUACCUGCGGUUUGAGGAGGAGGUCGCUGCCCUGCAGCGGGAGGUAGACAAACUUAUCACUAAUGGCGUUAACAAGAUCAUCGCGCUCGGCCAUUCCGGAUUCGAGACGGACAAAGAGAUCGCUAAAAAGGUCCGUGGCGUGGACGUGGUGGUCGGAGGACACACCAACACUUUUUUAUUCACAGGGGAUCCCCCUUCCUCUGAGGUACCAGCAGGACCCUACCCCUUAAUGGUACAGUCCGAUGACGGUCGCCUGGUGCCAGUGGUCCAAGCCUACGCUUUUGGGAAAUACCUCGGCUACCUCAAAGUGACUUUUGAUUCUGACGGAAAGGUUGUACAAGCCAUCGGAAAUCCAAUCUUGCUGAACAGCACCAUAACCGAAGAUCCCAGCAUUAAGGCAGACGUUGACGCCUGGAAGGUUAAGUUGGCCAAUUACUCGGCUCAGUUUGUGGGGAAGACCCUGGUCUACCUUAACGGGACGUUUGAAGAGUGUCGAUUUCGUGAAUGCAACCUGGGAAACUUGAUCUGUGAUGCCAUGGUUCAUCACAACAUCAAAUAUCCAGAUGAGCUCCAGUGGAACCAUGUUAGUGCCUGUAUUUUAAACGGAGGAGGAAUACGAGGUCCCAUUGAUGAACGUAGCAGAAACGGUAGCAUCACCAUGGAGGAUGUGAUCUCCGUGCUGCCGUUCGGCGGAACGUUCGAUCUGGUUCAAUUGAAAGGCUCGACGUUGCUGCAGGCCUUCGAGCACAGCGUCCGCAGAUAUGGAGGAAACACCGGGGAGUUCCUACAGGUCUCAGGCUUUCAGAUAGAGUAUGACCUAAGUAAGCCUUCCGGUGAGCGAGUGAAGAAGGUGAGCGUGUUGUGUACUGAGUGUCGCGUGCCGCACUACGAGCCCCUGGACACUAAAAAAGUCUACAGGGUCGUCAUGCCGUCGUAUCUAGUGGACGGAGGAGACGGUUUCUCGAUGAUCAAAGAGGAGAAGCUGAAACAUGACAGCGGUGACCUGGACAUGUCCGUCUUUGCUCGCUACCUCACUGAGAGGCAGAGGGUCCAUCCGUCUGUGGAGGGACGAAUCCGUCUCGUUAAUUCUGCUGCUGGAAUGUUAACCCGGUCGAAUGCUUUACUCAUCAUCAUGCUGGUCUGGAUCUCACUUAUAAGCUUAGUCUAGAACAUCUGCUGUGUUUCAGUUGUACGGAUCAGAGUCUCGUUUAUUUUUAUUCGAUGUUUGAUAACAUUGUAAUAUUUUAUAGAGAUUUGCUAUACACGACUAAAAAAAAAAUAAAAUUUGGUCUAGGAUUUUCCUGUUAGUUUGUUUGAAAAACAAACACUUUUAAUUUAAUUUCCGAUUGGUCGUAUCCGAAGUCACGAAUUAUCAUCUCGAUAGUGUAGAAAGUCGCAAUCAGGAAGGGCAAAGUUUAAUUUGUUUCUUAGCAAGGUCAAAAAGCAUGGAAAAUUGGCCUUAGGUUCAAUGCAGUAAUAAUAAUAAUUUACAAGUACUCAUACUUUGCCUUCCGAAUUUAGUUCCUGUUUACGUUCAUGUGCUUCGUAACUGCGUUAGAAAUCGUAACAUGAGCUACACAAUAAUCAGAAGUUGUUAUUGAGUGAAUGUACUGUUACCCAUGUGGUUAGAGAUUUAAAAUAUAAAGCUGUCUUCGAUAGAUGACUUUAAUGCAAUAAAAAAAGGUUUAUCUUAGAAUCGAGAGUCAGAGCCACGAAGGAAGCCGAGUGAAGACGGCCGUCGUUGUAAUUCAGUAAAGCACGGUUCUCAGGGAGACAGAACAAAAGGAGCUUUGUGGCUGUCGCUGUUUGUGCCGCGUUGACCUUGAGCUUGCUGCUCUUUUUUUUAUUUUUUCCCCCGUGUAUCACCGUAGGUGCGUUUGGGGACCUUGAAAAAAAAAAGGCUCAGUUUCCCUUGAUCCUUUUUAGCAUUUUGUGUAUAACCUUUACUUUGUUUCUUGUUAUCUUCUUCCUCUAAAAGCAGAGAUAUUUUUAAGCCUCAGUGGAAACGCUGCCUAUAAUACACAACUCUGCCGUUUCAUUUGCAAUGGAAAUGAAACCAUGAAAAAAUUCUUUCCCAGUUCCGUAGAGCAUAGCUGCAUGCCCUUAUUAUAAUGGAGGUUUAGUAUGAAUUCUUUCUUAUCCAAGUCUUUCAUGCUCAUUUGGUUCAAAAGUCCGAAGGUGAAGCGCUUAUAAUGCCUCAUCCAUGCAGCUGGUAAUGCAGCCAAAGAUAAAGAUGCCUAGAUCAGCCUAGACUUGAUCAGAAUUUCUUUCUCAGGCUUUAUUUUAAUAGUAAUUCCCUUGUUCUAAUACAAUUUUGCAGGGUUUUCAGCUCAUACCCCAUGUGGUGUCAGUUAAUUCACUACAUUCUAUUAUAUCAAAGAAAGAUUUUAUGAGCUCUUAUAUAUGUUUUUUGUAUAUGUUUUUUUAAUCCCUGCAUUACUGUUAUAUUGACGCUUCCACCACCAUGUUUCAUACCUGAUGCAGGUGUUCAGCACUUUUUCCCCCUCAUUUGUUCAUAAACAUCAGAAUCUGAAAUGUAUUGCAGGUGAACUUUUACAGACAUGAGACAUGCGGAAAUAGAUGUUUUUCAGAUUUUGCUUUAUUAAAAUCUGUCUGUGUUCAGUAUGUAUUGUUUUGUUUUUUUAAAGUGGAUACGGAGUUGGGAUUAAAGCAAAUUCUAGAUCUG